AGCACAGUAAAGAAAUUGGAUGCGCAUGCUUGAACCUCAACGCCCUAUAUCUAGUUAAAAACAAUUUUAAAUGUGAAUAUUUAACGCUCAUGGUGUUUUGUCAGGCAUGGGAAAAGAACUACUCGUCGAUUGUGUGUGUGAUUUCAGAAUUCAUUUGCCAACCUGUCUUUACGCGAAAUGUGUUUGUCGUACAAAAUUCAGCCGUAAAGCAAAACGCCCUACAUAAUCAAACAUGGCGGCUCCCUCAUUGACAGGGGGAGGGUUCAGCUGCCUCCGACGUUUUGCUGGACAGAUACAUUCAAGGCUGUGUGGAGUAAGCUCGCCGUCCACAACUAGGUGCUUGAUUCACACAAGUGCAUCCUUGGAUCGAUCCAAGCAAUGGGAGAGGAACAACUUAAUCGUCUACCCACCUCAGCGUCCCGAAGAACCACGCAGGCCAGCUGAGGUGCACCACAGUCGGCGACAGAUCAAGUACAGCAAAGACAAGAUGUGGUACAUAGCCAAACUGAUCAGAGGAAUGACAAUUGACCAGGCACUUGCUCAGCUUGAGUUCAGCGACAAGAAGGGGGCUAAAGUGGUAAAAGAGGUUCUUCUAGAAGCCCAGGAGAUGGCAGUCAGGAAUCACAACGUUGAAUACAAGUCCAAUUUGUAUGUUGCCGAGUCGUUCUCUGCUAAGGGCAAGUACCUGAAGCGAAUCCGCUACCAUGGAAGAGGCAUGUUUGGAAUUAUGGACAAGGUGAACUGCCAUUACUUUGUCAAACUGGUGGAGGGCGCUCCACCAACUACGGAGACUAAGACUGGCUUCGACCAGGCCAAGGAGUAUGUCCAGGAGCUGAAAAACCGCACCAUUACUAAUUCGCUCUAGCCCAGCCUCUGAGCUGCGGAGGGAGGGAGUAUGUGUGUGUGUAUGUGUGUUAUUGAGUGUGUACAUGUAAAUAAUGAAAUAAAUGUCAACUCUUCUAUUCCA